AUGAAAGAUUUCGACCUAAGUGCAACCGAAGAUGUGGGCGAAGACGUCAGCGAACUUUUUCCAACUCACACUGAGACGACAACUGAUAAGGAUGAACAAAAGGAAAUUCCUCCUGGAGUAUCUGAGAAGUUUUAUAAAUUUUACAACGAUAUUAUUUCGAAAUUGAAUCCCAAGACCUUUCUGGCUUUUCCACUUGCACAUAGCAGUUUAAACGGUCUGAUAUACCACGUACUCACGCUACAGGAAGCGGCAUUAAUACCCGAAGUCAUCGAACGGUGGCGUUUGUAUCGUCUACCCAUCAAUGUUGUGACUACGCGACUUCUUGUCCGAAGACUUUUAGAGAUUGAAGCUCUAGAAACACUGUUUGAUAUUUUGGCAGAUAGAGCAAAAUACAGUCAAUUUCCGUCGUAUAAAGACUUUCGUCGUCUUAUGGCCGCCUUUGCGAGUAAUAUUGGUAAAACGGAUGGAUCACAGAGCAUUGAAGAAGAUAUGGCGAUGCUUGACAAUGUUUUCAAGACGUUUGGUUUAAUGACUUAUUACGAUCUUUCACACUUUGAUCCACAUUCCUAUGCAAUACUAAUACUUGCAUCGAUGAAGAUUGACACCGAGGAUGCGUGGAAGAGAGCCGAUGUCAGCACGCAAGAACUGAUGUCUCUCUUAUCGACAGAGGAUAUCAGGCAAGUAGAGGAGCGGGAAGAUGAAGAGGAGCGUAGUCAAAUUGAUCGUUAUGAGCGCAAUAAAGCUCUGCGAACGCAAAUCGAUCAGCUGCAUACGAAACUCGAGCGUACGGAAAGGAUUACAGCUUGCAUACAAGCAGCGACAGUGAUGUCUGAAGCCUACUCGCUUCGGGGAGAAAGUGAAAAAGCGAACGAGUUAGAAUUGUGGAAAAACGAUUUAUCGAAAUCUUUGAAUUAG